AGAAUUCAAAUUAUUUUUAACUUUUUAAGUAAAAUGAAUUAAUAAUUUCACAUCUGAAUUUGAAUAUUAAAAAUUGCAAUUAAAGUAUUAAAAUUUAGUUAAAAUAUUGAAAUUUAUUUGUUUAUAUUGAAUAUAUAAAUAUAUGUAUAUAUCCAUAGUACAAAAAUAUGGGACGUAAUCAUAAAGCUUCGAUACGUAGUCGUGGAUCAUCAUCAUCAUCAGCUAGUAAUCCACGAAAACGUGUAAGAGAAUGCUGUCGCAAAUUUGUCGCUUUUAUGUGUACUCAAGUUGGCGUUGGUGCUCUAAUUGUAGUUUACGCUAUUGUAGGAGCACUUAGUUUUAGAGCAAUAGAAAUGCAACUCGAGGAUGAUUCAAUAAGGGAAGCCAGUCGUUUACGAAAAAAUAUUUCACUACAAUUAUGGGAUGUAACUGUUAAAUAUAAUUUAUUUAAUCAUUCUGAUUGGGAAACUGAAACUGAUGUUAUUUUGAAAAUUUUUCAAUUUAAUAUAACAGAAUUGAUAAAAGAAGGUUAUAGUGGCAGAACUCCUCAAGAAAUUUGGUCAUUUCCAGCAGCAUUAAUGUAUUGUUUAUCCGUAUUUACAAUGAUAGGCUAUGGUAACAUGGUGCCAAGAACACCUUGGGGUAAAGGUGUUACAGUUAUCUAUGCAACUUUUGGAAUACCGUUAUAUAUUUUAUAUUUUUUAAAUAUGGGAAAAGUUCUGGCACAAUCAUUUAAAUUUUUGUAUACAACAAUACAUGAAUGUACACAUGAUAAUAAGGAUAAAACAGAUGACGAUGACGAUGAUGAUAAUUUUAAUUCAUCAAAAAAAAUCAUUGUACCAUCAACAGCUUGCUUAUGGGUUAUAACUUUUUAUAUUUUAACUGGGACAACAAUGUUUGCACAUUGGGAGAAAUGGAGUUAUUUAGAUUCAAUUUAUUUUUGUAUGACAAGUUUAUGUAAAAUUGGUUUUGGGGAUUUUGUACCCGGAGCUAAAAUUGUAAACGCUCUGACGAACGAAAGUCAAAAUAUUACAGAAAUCGUUGAAUUAACAAGUACAGAAAAAGAAAAGGAAUUUUUAGAACUAGAUUCGCAAACUAAAUUUGCAAUUAAUUUUCUUUAUAUGCUUAUCGGUAUGAGUUUGGUUGCUAUGUGUUAUAAUUUAAUGAGAGAAGAAGUUCGGGUUAAAUUCAAAGAAUUGGAAGAAGAUUUCAAAUUAGCCAUUGAAGAUUUAAAAGUUCGUUUUGGUCAGUGUUGCGGUAGGGAACACUAUAACGAAAAUUAUUAUUAUUACUAAAUUAUUUUUUAAAAAAUGUGGAAAUUUCAGAUUUUCAUAAUUGUUUUACUUUUUAAUAUGACAAAUG